AUGGCGGAGGGGCCAGAGGAAGCCAGAGGCCGUCCUCCCGGGCAGGACGACGGCGGAGGGAACCAGGAGUCCGUUCCUUCCCUAAGAGGCCUUCCUGCCGCCGCCGCCGCCCCACUGUCCCGGGACGGCCCGCAGGCCGAACCCCAGGCCCCGGGCCGGCCCCCAGCCUCGGGCCUCGCGGCCGCGGCUGAGAAAUCGGAGCCGCCGCGCGAGCUCGAGAAUCGCGGGGAGGCGGCCUCCGGCUCCGACUCUGGCUCCGGCGCGGGGCUGCAGGAGCCGGCAAGCUGUGAGGCGUCCGAGGCCGCGGCCCCGCCGGAGAAGCCGGCGCGGCUGAGCGCCCGCGAAUACUCCCGGCAGGUGCACGAGUGGCUGUGGCAGUCCUACUGCGGCUACCUCACCUGGCACAGCGGCCUGGCCGCCUUCCCCGCCUACUGCAGCCCCCAGCCGCCUGCGCCCAGCUACCUCCCGGCCGCCGGAGCCGCCGCCGCUCCCCCGGCAGCCGCCCCGCCGCCCCUCCAGCUGGGCUAUUACAACCCCUUCUACUUCCUAAGCGCCGCGGCAGCCGGGCCCGAGCCAGGGGCGCCCGCCGGCAUCACCACUCCGGCUCCGGUCGCCGGCCCCGCAGCCCGCGCCCCUCACCUGCAGCCGCCGGUCCGCGCAGCCGCGGCCACGAGGGUGGGACCGGCCGCCGCUUCGCGAGCCCCGAGCGAGACGGGGCGGCAGGCAGGCAGAGAGUAUGUUAUUCCCUCCUUGGCCCACAGAUUUAUGGCAGAGAUGGUGGAUUUCUUUAUUCUCUUCUUUAUAAAAGCGACCAUUGUCUUAAGCAUUAUGCACCUGAGUGGAAUAACGGAUAUCUCUAAGUUUGCUAUGCAUUAUAUAAUAGAAGAAAUAGACGAAGACACAUCAAUGGAAGACUUGCAGAAAAUGAUGGUUGUGGCACUUAUAUACAGAUUAUUAGUUUGUUUCUAUGAGAUAAUUUGCAUUUGGGGAGCAGGUGGAGCUACCCCAGGGAAGUUCCUGCUAGGACUUCGAGUUGUGACAUGUGAUACAUCAGUGCUUAUUGCACCAAGUCGGGUUUUAGUGAUUCCGUCCUCAAAUGUUAGCAUUACAACGUCCACUAUACGAGCUUUGAUCAAGAAUUUUUCUAUUGCUUCUUUUUUCCCUGCUUUCAUUACACUGCUGUUUUUUCAGCAUAAUCGAACAGCCUAUGACAUUGUAGCAGGAACCAUCGUAGUAAAAAGAAACGGAGUCAGAUGA